AUGGUUAAUAAAAAUGUACUAGGAAUAUGUCUGAUGUUUCUAGUAGCAUCAAGUGUGGUGUACGAGGCGCAAGGAACGUUCUUGCUAAAGAUGUACUUGAGGAGGAAAUUCGUACGAAGGGCCACGGACUUUACACCAUUCGCAUGCAACGGUAUGUUACUUUUGACGAGUACACUUCGUCGUGGGUGUCCCGCGACUAGAGAGUUCAAGAAAUUCUUUUCACUCUUCACGUCUUACGUGGAAUUCAUCAGCAAUGCCUCGGCCACCACAUCGGAAAGCACCGAUACUCAGCUAACAACAAAAGUUGAUGCCCUCACAAAUGCUAUAUCUGUAUUGACUGGUGCUAAAAGCGGAUCGAAUUCAAAUUUUAGAGAGACCAUGCUGUCAAUGGGAAAGACUUUGAUGGAGCAGAAGAGGAGUAGUUCAGAGCGCAUGACACUUCAGCAAAAGAAAGUGUUGGUCGUGGCUAUGGUGCAAUGGGCUAAAACGGUAGUUACAUUGGUAAAAACAGCCGUGGAGACAGCAGGAAAGUCUAUCGAUGUAUCAAAUCUAGGGCUUGACGUGGAUGUUAACGCCGUUGUUGGAAGUGGAAUAUCUGAAAAUGAAAGCUCAAGUGCUAAGGGAGAUUCGUCUACUAUGACACAAUCCACCGGUACAACUACAAACAGCCCGAGUGGCACAACCACAGGGAGUCCAAGUGAAAGUCCCACGGACAGCCCGAGUGGUACAACCACAGAGAGCCCUAGUGAAAAAACCACAGAGAGCCCAGGUGAAAGUUCCACGGACAGCCCGAGUGGCACCACCACAGAGAGACCGAGUGAAAAUCCCACGAACAGCCCGAGUGGCACAACCACGGGGAGCCCAAGUGAAAGUCCCACGGAUAGCCCGAGUGGUACAACCACAGAGAGCCCUAGUGAAACAACCACAGAGAACCCAAGUGGAAGUUCCACGGAUAGCCCGAGUGGUACAACCACAGAGAGCCCGAGUGAAAAUCCCACGGAUAACCCGAGUGGCACAACCACGGGGAGCCCAAGUGAAAGUCCCACGGACAGCCCGAGUGGUACAACCACAGAGAGCCCUAGUGAAACAACCACAGAGAGCCCAAGUGAAAGUUCCACGGACAGCCCGAGUGGCACAACCACAGAGAGCCCGAGUGAAAAUCCCACGGACAGCCCGAGUGGUACAACCACUGACAGCCCGAGUGGAAGUCCCACAGACAGUCCGAGUGGAAGUACCACGGACAGUCCGAGUGGAAGUCCCAUGGACAGCAAUUCUGGUACAACCACAGACAGCCUGACUGGUACAACCACGGAAAGCCCGAGUGGAAGUCCCGCAGACAGCUCUUCUGGUACAACUACGGGCAGCCCGAGUGAUACAACCACUGACAGCCCGAGUGGUACAACCACUGACAGUCCGAGUGGAAGUCCCACGGAUAUCCGGAGUGGAAGUUUUACGGACAGUACUGGUAUAACCACUGACAGUCCGAGUGGAAGUCCCACGGAGAGCCCAAGUGAAAGUCCCACAGAUAGCCCUUCUGACUCAAAAUCUGCUAGUGGUGAAAACUCUGCCAAAGAAGUCGAAAUUCAAACAUCCAAAGAAGCAAGGUCGUUCAUUCAUGCCUUAGAGAAGAAGUACGCAGGAACAGUAGAACUCGAUACGUUCUUCGAGAAACUCAAGACUUCCAUGUCUGCUUCCACAAAGAUAUCUAACACUGACGAAAAACGUUUCGUUUCUAAAAUGAAUUCUGCUGUUAGUUCUGUGUCCGAAGCCGCAUCUACUGUUAGUUCAAAGUUAGCCAAAUCACCAGAGGCGAAGAGCCGCAUGAAAUCUUCCAAAGAACAAUUGAUGAAGACUUUCAAAGAACUAGAAGACCUUAACAGUAAAAUAGUGAGCGAAAAUAAAGGCAAAACAGUGUCGUCCACACAACACUCAGAGCUUAAACAGGCACUCAGUAAAUGGGAACAAGUCACCACCCAGUUUGUGGAGAAUCUUACCUCUUCGAGUUCUUCAUCUUCAUCUUCAUCUUCCUCUUCCUCUCAGUCUCAGAAAUCUCAACAGUCUAAACAAUCUCAUGAGUCUCAACAGUCUCAGCAGGGCAGUACCAUGAAGACUCAGACCAAUUGAUGCGACUCAAAUCAUCAAGAAAGACAAACUAGUACAGCCAUAUAUGAUAAUUUAGUAACCAACUAGAGGUUUUUGUUUCUUUCAAUAAGACUAAUUAGAUCGGUGUAGGCAAGCAAUGUCUACCUAUAGACCGACGUAUGCAAAUAAUGUAUACUGUAUGCGCUCUCUCUGUGCUUUACAAAGAGAAGUAAGCGAGACACAAAAGGGAUUUUGAAUAGUUUUUUUUUUGUGUUCCUACC